AUGUGCCACCAAAAGACAAAUUGGUCAGAGAACUUACCAAUUGUACUUAUGGGGCUAAGGGCAGCCUACAAGGAUGAUAUUGGCGCGACACCAGCCGAAAUGAUGUAUGGCCAAAACAUACGCCUUCCAGGAGAAUUCUUAAACCCCAGUCUACAGAAAAAUGUUGAUCAACCGGAAUUCAUCACCAGAUUGAGGGAACAGUUCAACAGCCUUAGGCCGGUGCCUACAUCAAACCAUGCUAAAGCAAACAUAUUUGUGCACCCAAAUCUAGCAAACUGCAGCCAUACAUUCGUCCGUAACGAUACAGUGCGAAGAUCUCUACAACCACCAUACGAAGGACCUUACCCGAUCGUUUCCAGAGCAAAAAAAUAUUUUAUCGUCAACAUAAAAGGACAACAUAAAAAUAUAUCUGUCGAUCGUCUGAAACUUGCCUACUCCUUAGUCAAAAACACAGACACAAAAGAUUAUACUACACGGUCGGGGAGGAAAGUCAGAUUUAUACUACCCGAUUUAGCCCAAAAUCGCAGUCAAUGA